AGCAGGCUCACGUAGCUUUUUUCCGAAAGUAUGACACUAAAUAGUAGCAAGCUCAACCAGCUUUUUUCCCAAAAUAUGACAUUUGUCUGGCCCAUAAUUUCUGAAACUGCUAGAUCUUCAGCGCGAAAUUGAAGCGUGCGCGUACAUCUUCGAAGAUAAAUCUAGAGUUUACUUUUUCACUACAGUUAUUCGCUGCGAAGAAAAUUGCUCGAAGAGUGGACAUCUGGGCUGACCUUCAUAAAUAGAGGGUGCUUAAAUAUGAAGGGUCAGGGUUUCGGUAGCUUUUCUAAGUGUAAAGCUACUGCGUUUGCACAUAAAGAGCAUCCGCGUCCAUCUCUCUGUGCAUUCUUCGCAGCAAAGACCUGUAGAGCGUAUCGCGAAUGCAUUACUUAGAUAGGCCACGCAAUCAAAAAACAUGUCCUUGAGGUCGGUCCAGUUAUUCUGGUGGGCCGUCUACGCGCCACCACGUUGACGGAACAGCUGCGACGUGAUUUUUCAUUCACCCAAGCGAGCGCUCUCGCGACAGCAUGCUGUGCAAUGUGGUCGAAUACACGACGCGGAGAAGCGUUUUAGUGCCUCCCAAUUAGGAAGCAUGCAGCAGAAUAGGCGGACACCUCGCAACAGCCCGAGGCAUGUCUCACCGAGG